GUGUUACUGCUCUUUUAGCUGGGUUGCCAGCACUAGGCCAUGUAGCAGCGGGGAGCUCAGGGCUCUGAGACCAAGUCAGUUGGCAGCGAAGGUCUGGCCUGACUGGGGUACAGGGUCCCCAUUACUGAAGGGUAGGGCUGGCACUGCUCCGACGGCUUUGUGGAAGCUUCCCCCUCCCGCCUGAGCUUCCCUGGACCUCCUUACAGCGGAUGACACAGAAUCUCUCUUCCCUAAGAUGGAUUCAAGCAAAAAGAUGGAUGCUUCUGGCGCACUGCAGCCCAACCCACCCCUAAAGCUGCAGCCUGAUCGCAGUGCUGGGUCGGUGCUUGUGCCAGAGCAAGGAGGCUACAAGGAGAAGUUCGUGAGGACAGUAGAGGACAAGUACAAGUGUGAGAAGUGCCGCCUGGUGCUGUGCAACCCGAAGCAGACUGAAUGUGGGCACAGGUUCUGUGAGAGCUGCAUGGCCGCCCUGCUCAGCUCCUCGAGUCCAAAAUGUACAGCGUGCCAAGAAAGCAUCAUCAAAGACAAGGUGUUUAAGGAUAAUUGCUGCAGGAGAGAGAUUCUGGCCCUUCAGAUCUACUGUCGGAAUGAAGGCAGAGGCUGUGCAGAACAGCUGACUCUGGGGCAUCUGCUGGUGCACCUAAAAAAUGAAUGCCAGUUUGAGGAACUUCCCUGUCUGCGUGCUGACUGCAAAGAAAAAGUACUGAGAAAAGACUUGCGGGAUCAUGUGGAAAAGGCCUGUAAAUACCGAGAGGCCACAUGCAAUCACUGCAAGAGCCAAGUCCCCAUGAUCACACUGCAGAAACAUGAAGACACUGAUUGUCCCUGUGUGGUGGUGUCCUGCCCUCAUAAGUGCAGUGUCCAGACUCUGCUGAGGAGUGAGUUGAGUGCACACUUGUCAGAGUGUGUCAAUGCCCCCAGCACCUGUAGUUUUAAGCGCUAUGGCUGCGUUUUUCAGGGUACAAACCAGCAGAUCAAGGCCCAUGAGGCCAGCUCCGCGGUUCAGCAUGUCAACCUGCUGAAGGAGUGGAGCAACUCCCUGGAGAAGAAGGUUUCCUUGCUUCAGAAUGAAAGUGUUGAGAAAAACAAGAGCAUACAAAGUUUGCACAAUCAGAUAUGUAGCUUUGAAAUUGAAAUCGAGAGACAAAAGGAAAUGCUUCGAAACAAUGAAUCCAAAAUCCUUCACUUGCAGCGAGUGAUAGACAGCCAAGCAGAGAAACUGAAAGAACUCGACAAGGAGAUCCGCCCCUUCCGGCAGAACUGGGAGGAAGCAGACAGCAUGAAGAGCAGUGUGGAGUCCCUCCAAAACCGUGUGACUGAGCUGGAGAGUGUGGACAAAAGUGCAGGGCAGGUGGCUCGCAACACAGGCUUGCUGGAGUCCCAGCUGAGCCGGCAUGACCAGAUGCUGAGUGUUCAUGACAUCCGCUUGGCCGACAUGGACCUGCGGUUCCAGGUUCUCGAGACUGCCAGCUACAACGGUGUGCUAAUCUGGAAGAUCCGUGACUACAAGCGCCGGAAGCAGGAGGCUGUCAUGGGGAAGACCCUGUCUCUCUACAGCCAGCCUUUCUACACAGGCUAUUUCGGCUAUAAGAUGUGUGCCAGGGUCUACCUGAAUGGGGACGGAAUGGGGAAAGGGACACACUUGUCGCUGUUUUUUGUCAUUAUGCGUGGAGAAUACGAUGCUUUGUUGCCAUGGCCGUUCAAGCAGAAAGUGACACUCAUGCUGAUGGAUCAGGGGUCUUCUCGACGCCACCUGGGAGACGCAUUCAAGCCGGAUCCCAACAGCAGCAGCUUCAAGAAGCCCACUGGAGAGAUGAACAUCGCCUCUGGCUGCCCUGUCUUUGUCGCCCAGACUGUUCUGGAGAACGGGACGUAUAUUAAAGAUGAUACAAUUUUUAUUAAAGUCAUAGUAGAUACUUCGGAUCUGCCUGACCCCUGACAAGAAGCCGGGGAGGUGGAUUCAGCAGAAGGUAACUCCUCUGGGGGGUUGAACCGGUCUGUCUUCACAAAGGUCUUCGCCCUCAGAAAGGACCUUGUGGAACAGAGGAAGCAGCCGGAGGAGGAGGAGGAGGCGUGGCUGGCAGGAGGAGCCACAUGUGAAAACAGACCCCAACAGAUUUCCUAAUAGACUAGCC